AGUUUAAAAUUCUCUGGGUUUCACCCAUUACCUUUUCCCAUAUUUAUAAUUUUCCUAUUUCUAUUAAAGUUGAAACUCAGAUAAUAAAAUAAAAUAGGUUUUCACAAUGAACAAGUGCCUUGUUUUAUUAAUAUUUCUGUUCUUACAUAAUUUUGUGUCACCAAACACCAAUAUCAAAAUCUACAAAAUCAUCCGUUGCAAUGACCAAACCUACUACCCAGUAACCAUAAAAGAUGUCUCACUAGAAAUUCAAAACGGUUACGUCAACGUUUCUGGAUCUUUGACCACAGACUCCAAUAUAACUGGUCCAGUGCAGGCUGCUCUAACUGUAAAACGGUACAUCGAUUAUAUAGAUAUAUGGACUAUAAUACCUUGUUUCGAUAAUAUUGGUUCAUGCACCUACAAUGAUCUUUGUUAUUGGGGCAAACCUCAAAACGAAACUUGUCCGCAACGAUUUUUGGAGAACAAUGUUCCUUGUAGCAGAGCUGGGCAAAGCCCUCAGUAAAAGGGCUUGAAGCACUAAGCCCUAAGCCCUCUAUCAAAGUGCUUCAAUUUCAAGCACAAAUUCCUUUUUAUUUUUAAAAGUGCUUCACAAGCACAAAGCCCUCAAAGUGCUUUGGGCUUGACAAGCACAAAGCCCUCAAAGUGAUUUGAAAAGUGCUUGAAGCACAUCAAAAGUGCUUGAGGUGCCUUGAAAAGGGCUUCAAGCUCUUUAAAUGUACUUGAAGCUCUUUAAAUGUGCCUAAAGCACUUUGAAUUUGUAAUAAAAUUCUCAAAGUAGCAUAAGCUACCGCGUAAACUCAUCACACAGAAUUGGUAUAGUAGAGACGAACUUUACAUUUCACAGAGUAGCAGUAGUAUGUUUUUUUUUGAGAUGUAGUUCUGGGGUAGGUACUUGGGGUACUACAUGGUACUUCAGUUUUAAGGUUUUCAAAAUGUUCAAUGGGGAAAAGUGGAAAAAAUCCAGUGAUAAAGUUAAAUAUAAAUUAAUUAUUUAUUUUAAUAAUAAGUUCAUUCAUUUUUUUUUUAAAUUCCGUUCUAAGCUCGAACCCAAAACCUCCAUUGUUAAGAGAGAAAAGACAUAAGACGGUUCAAGUUCAAAUAAAAGAAAAAAAAAUUAAGGGACAAAACACGAUCGAAAAUUUUUAAGUGGGAGGUUGAAUGAUGGUCAAUUCAAAUUCCUUUCAAAGUGCUUCAAGCCCUUUUAAAGUGCUUCAAGCCCUUUUAAAGUGCUUCAAGCCCUUUCAAAGUGCUUCAAGCUCCCAAAAGUGCUUCAAGCCCUCUUAAAGUAAUUGAAGCUCAUUGAAAGGGCUUGAAUUACUUUUUUCAAUUACAAAUUACCAAGCACUUUUCUAAAGUAAUUGACUUUGCAAGCCCCAAUUACAAAUCUAUAAAAGGGCUUGAAGCACAGGGCUUUCAAGCCCUCAAAGUGCUUCAAGCACUUUCGCAAGCACAAAGCACUCAAGCCCUGCCCAGCUCUGCCUUGUAGAUGCCCUAUAUUAGAGGGUACUUAUGUAAUGAAUCCAGACUUAUUCAAAGUACCAAUAAAUGGUGUUUCAACACCAGAAACAGGUACUUAUUAUGUUAAGGCAUUGAUUACAAGUGGUAAGGAACUUAUGAGUUGUUAUGAAUUCUAUUUAGAUUAUAAUGAUAAUCAAUUUAAACCAGUAGAAUAUUCAGUUAAUUUAGUAUAAGUAAAGUAGCAAUAAAUUCUCUUUAUUAA